AUGCUGCGCGACUCACCACUACUGUCCGGCUACUCCAUCCCUGGCAUCCACGACAAUGUCCUUGUCACCCUAUUUGCUGACGAUACCACCAUAUACCUCCGCGAGAAUGACCGCUUCGACGACCUGCAAAAUCUGCUCAAUGCCUGGUGCUGCGCGUCAGGCGCCAAAUUUAACAAAAACAAAACCGAAAUCAUACCAAUAGGCUCGGCCACUCACCGACGGCGCGUGACAACCACACGUCAAUUACAUACUGAUGAUGCAUCACUUCCCCACUCUAUCCACAUCGCAUGCGAUGGCGAGGCAGUACGCUCCCUUGGUGCAUGGAUAGGCAAUAAAGUCAAUGAUAUUACACCCUGGGAACCCAUCCUAGACAGGAUACAACACACCCUUACCAAAUUCCAGAAAAGCCAUCCAACACUUGUUACCAAAGCACUAAUGGUUCAGUGGACUAUAGGGGGAAUGACCCAAUACCUAGCUAAGGUUCAAGGAAUGCCCACAAACAUUGUCACAGCCCUGAUUAAACUCACCCGACGAUUCAUCUGGAAUGAUACUCCGAACCCCCCCCUCGCUCUUGACCAAUUGUAUAAAGAUAAGUCAGAUGGCGGCAUUAAC